CUCAUGAAAAAUGGGUGCCCUUAAGCUUUUAUUGGGGAUGCUGCUUGUACAUUCCGCACUCCAACAAGAACCAGGUGCACAGGAGUUGCGUUUAGUAAAUGCAUGGAACAGAUGUGUCGGGAGAGUGGAGGUAUUUUAUAACGGCACUUGGGGAACUGUUUGUGAUGAUGACUUCCAAAUGGAGAGUGCACAUGUAGUGUGCAGACAACUUGGAUGUGGAGAGGCAACCACCGUUCUGGGAUGGUCUUAUUUUGGCCAAGGAGCUGGAAAGAUACUGAAUGGCUCCAAUUGCACUGGAAGUGAACCCAGUCUCCAAGAUUGUUCGUAUGAAGGGUGGCAAGAAAAAGAUGACUGCGGACACAAUGAAGAUGUUAGUGUCAUUUGUUCAGAUUCUAAGCUUCUCCCAACAGGCAAGUAUGUUUAUGUCACAAAUAAAAUGCCUAGGUUUUGGAUUCUUUUGAAAUGCGAAUGAUAUGGGAGAUCAAUUACAUCCUACAGCAGGAAUGCAGUCCCUUUGGCCUUCUGGGCAUUUUUGACUAAACUCUCCCAAUGCUUUAUCAUAGGCCACAUGGGCUUCUGAGUGUUGAAGAUCAAAACAUUUGCAGUGGGAGGUUCUUCAUACCUGUUCAA